CACACAUACACACACACACACACACACACACACACACACACACACAGAGUACUUCUUCGGUGGAGCUGAAUGGCACUUAUUGUACAAAAGAGACAGCUUGAGCUAAUAUCCAAUGCCUUCUUAACUUUCUGCAGCAUGGAAUGUAUGCUUUUUUUUAAACCUUUUAACUUGUAUUUUAUUAGCUUAGCUAUUUUUCUAUGCCAGAUCUGUACUUUAUUUUAAAAGAACAUUUUUUUUGUACUGGCGAACUGGUACUUUGUAUGUGUGUGUGUAUGUGUGUGUGUGUGGAAUUUACAACAAGAGGGGGGAAGAGAAAAGCAGCUUUCUUCUGUGUGCUUAUUCAGAAUGCCAGUCCAGAUCUUUUGCACUAUUUCUUUUGCAACGGACGAUGAGAAAGCAGAGGAGAAGAGAAGGGCAGAGAGUUUUGAUCAGUUCUCUGAAAAGGACGACCAUGAAGAAGACCACCAGUCCACUGGGGUCAGCCUUGUCGAGUUUGCCGGUAAUUCCAACCUGCAUGGGAUGAACCAUAUCUUUGUUGAAGGUGGCUGCGGGGUCCGGCAGGUCUUGUGGGGCUGUGCUUUCCUGUCUUCCCUCGCUAUCUUUCUGUACCAGGUGGUGGACCGGGUCAAGUAUUAUCUGGAGUACCAUCACAUCACGGCUCUCGAUGAAAUGGACAGUUCCUUCCUGUUCUUCCCAGCAGUGACCCUCUGCAACUUCAACAGGUUUAGACGCUCCAAGAUCACAUCCAUGGACUUGGCUUUUGCUGGCUCGUUAAUGGGAUACACCAAGGGCAUGGAUCCGGGAUUCCAGUUGGCGCCGCCAGUCAGGAAUGAUGGCGCACCCUUCAGCAUGUAUGAGUUGUUCAACAGGACCAGUCAUCAGUUGGAAGACAUGCUCAAGGAUUGUAGGUACCGGAUGGAAGAAUGCGGCCCUGAGAACUUCACAGUGGUGUUCACGAGGUAUGGCAAGUGCUACACUUUUAACUCUGGGCAGACUAAAGACCAACCAAUCCUGACAACAAUGAAAGGAGGAACUGGGAAUGGCCUGGAACUGAUGCUGGAUAUUCAGCAGGAUGACUACCUUCCUGUCUGGGGUGAAACAGAUGAGACCUCCUUCGAAGCUGGUAUAAAGGUUCAGAUUCAUGGCCAGAAUGAGCCACCAUUCAUCGACCAACUGGGGUUUGGAGUGCCACCUGGAUUUCAAACAUUUGUUUCCUGUCAAGAACAGCGGCUAAUCUAUUUACCACCUCCCUGGGGAGACUGCAAAUCUACUCCAAUGGACUCAGACUUCUUUGACACUUACAGCAUCACAGCUUGCAGAAUUGACUGUGAAACUCGGUACUUGGUGGAAAACUGCAACUGUCGGAUGGUGCACAUGCCAGGUGACGCUCCAUAUUGUACACCGGAACAGUACAGAGAGUGUGCAGAUCCAGCCCUAGAGUUCUUGGUGGAGAAGGACAGUUCAUAUUGCACAUGUGAGACGCCAUGCAACAUGACUCGCUAUGGUAAGGAGCUGUCCAUGGUAAAAAUUCCCAGCAAGGCUUCAGCCAAAUACCUGGCCAAAAAGUACAACAAAUCCGAAGAUUACAUUGGGGAGAAUAUUCUUGUGCUGGACAUAUUUUUUGAGGCCCUAAACUACGAGACAAUCGAGCAGAAGAAAGCUUAUGAGGUGGCCGGCUUGCUGGGUGACAUUGGAGGUCAGAUGGGUUUGUUCAUCGGUGCAAGUCUCCUGACUAUCCUGGAACUUUUUGACUACAUGUACGAGGUGUUGAAGUACAAGCUAUGUGGCAUGUUGAAAUAUGGAAAACAACAGAAGAGAAACAACAAUGACAAGGGAGUAACACUCAGCCUGGAUGACAUCAAGCGCCAUAACCCAUGUGAGAGCCUAAGGGGCCACCCAGCGGGGAUGACGUACCCAGCAAACAUUCUACCUCACCACCCGCCUCGUAGCACCUUUGAAGACUUCACAUGCUGAUGGCCGAAGCUGACGACUGGCAACCACGACGAUACGCACUUAUCUCACGGUUCAACGCGCGGAAAGGAGACUGGACUGUCCACGGAGAUUGGAGCUGUCUAAUUCUGAACUACCAAAGUCAUUGAACAAACCUUCUGGAGACACACUCAAAAAAAAAACAACCCGACUACACGUUUGAAACAAAAUGGCAGUUUUGGGGAUGACUGUUCCGUGGACUCCACUCAUUCUUACACUAACUUUGCGAAAAGAAAACCAACUUUUUUCUCUCAUCUAGAGUCAUAUUCCAGUUUUGUAAAAGGAAUUUUUUAUUCACUGAUUAUUGUAGAUGCUUCUGUAGGCCGCUCAUAUCAUCUUAUGUGAUCACGUUCUUAAGGUAAAACAGAAAUUAGAACACAUUUCACGUCAUCUCAAGUAAAACCUGUUGCUACUGCAAUUCAUUUCCUAUUGCUGACAGAAUUUGUUGAUGAACGACAUAUUUACACUCACUAUCUCUUUAUUUCCAUUGCCGGACGGUCACUUUACACUAUAGUUUGCUCAGAGUUGGAAUGAGAAAGGGCGCCGAAUGAGGGAGUAGUGUAGGCUUGAUUGAGAGAUAAACACUGCCUCGUUUAUUUGUCAAAUCUCAGCUGAAAUGAGGCAGGAUGAUGAGAAGUUUGUCUUGGGUGCCAGUACAUGGAAGGCCAGUACAAAUUAGUCACCACUGAGAACAGAAAUCAGGCAGACUGUAAAACAGGCAGGCGAUUCACCCAUUUUAUACUGUCUCCCAAGAUGAAUUUCUCUUUUUCUAAAGAUAAAAUGGAAACACCUAUCAAGUCCAGCACACUUAAUGAGGGUGUUGUGGGGUUGUGAGAGGGAGGGGUGGACAUUGUCCAGGAAAAUAGAUUCUAGCCAUUUGACAGAAACUCACAACAUGAGGUUGUUCCUGUGCGAAAAACUGUGUGUAAUAUGUAACACUGUACAAAAGGAAAAGAGUUGAGCUUAUCUUUGGUUGUGUGUUUGUUGUAGAGCCAUUGUAGCUGAAAUUAUAACUUAUGCUGCCAUUGAACCAUAGUUAGAAGUGUGAGAAGGAAAAGGAUAUCUACUCCUGGUUUCAGUAUUCCUGGAAGUGGACUCUGCAUAAUUUUUUUAAAUUUAAGUGUGAAAACAAAGAAAAAAGCUCUCAUGUUUACCCCCCAAUCAAAUGGCCUUUAUUAAAGAAGAGCUGCAUCCUACUGCCCCAAAAUACAAACAUAAAUAUAAGCAGAAAAUGCCAUGAAAAGAACCACUUCAUCUCUGAAUGACAGCAAACAUAGAUUGAGGUGGCAUUUCAGUACCUCGGAGAGCUCAUAUAUAUCAGCCUCUCUGCUCAAAAUCUACAAUCAAUUACAUUUGCCAAUGCUACACUUUGGUAGAUAAUGCAUCACCUGGAGUCUCAUUAAGAAGGCUAGGUGAAGGCCAGAGACCCAUAGUACAGGUUACCGCCCAGGCUUUGUAACUUUUUCAAGGAUGAAGUAUUAACUGAUUCCAAAUUUGGAUUUGAAAAGCCUGCAGUUUGUAAAAGGAAGCAAAGACAUCUUUCAGGGUUAAGAGACCAAAGGAGGUGAUUCAAGUUCAGGGAUAGAUCAGCAAUGAUCUGAUUGAAUGGUGGAAUAGGCUCUUUCUGUUCCUAGUUUUUCACAGCAGGGAGAGAAAAGAUCUAGCACUUGUAGAACCCUUGAAAUGUCCAAGAAAUGUAAUCUGACCCCAUAGCAUUCCGGUUUUACUUUUGUCCUAUGGUGUUGAUGGAGGUGAUGUGAUUUUCUAGUUCAUGCCUGUGGUACUGAGUUUUUUGGUUUCAAGAUAGACACAAAAGACCAUCAUCCUAGGGCAAUAUAUGACUAGGGGGCAUACCUCACCUGCUCUGUGCAGCUAUGAUUCUCAACAGAUUCUCUUGAGUAUCCUGCUCAGCUCUGGUAUGUCGACUGAACUGAGACUGUGUGCACUCCCUUUGUUUUAUUUUUUUAUUUGAAGUGAUCCCUCCUGCCUUAUAAUGAUUUGAUAUUGGGCCAAUGUUAAUUUCAGCAAUUGAUUUCAGCGAUGGCCUCCAUGAAACCAUUGUUGAUUGUUGUAAAAGUCCAUAUUGUUCUCUAAUGCCCUGAAAGGAAGGAAAUCUGCCAUCCUUUCCUGGUCUGGCCUCUUUGAGACUGUGGGUGAGUGAUUAGGGGUGAGCAACAAAUGCAGGCCUUGCUGGUGAUGCCCAUAUCUCAUGAAAUAAGAUAUUGUUCUCUUGCUGAGGGGAGGGAGCGGGGGUGUCUGCUUCCCAUUUGGGAGCUACAUCAAGGCAGGAUUGAAAUGAGACAUUCACAGGUGGGUGACUGAAUUGCAGGCCUGCACUCAUCCAUUGGCUGAGAUUGUAGCGCUGGUUUGGAUUAUGGGCACAGACAAAAAGCCUGGCGAAUUGUAGAGCUUGAGAGCGAUUUGAGCACUUUUGUGUCAAACAUAAUUUCAAGGGAGAAAAUUGCACCAUGUUCAGACUUUAGUGUAUGGUGACCACCGAUGUAAGUAGAACAAAGACUAUGCUAUGAAUUAUCAUUUCUUUUGUUGAUUUGUGUACGUGCACAAGAUUCUUUGCUGCUGAAUUAUACUCUUAAGCAACUAUGCGUUGUACAAGAUGAAAGGUCUGAUGUUUAGAAGAUUUCCACAGGAUAAUGUAAUAUAUUUUGAAUUUAUCUUAAGGAAACUAUGUAUUCAAUACCAUGCCGAUUUCAAGGAGUAACAGAUUGAUGACUGGAAUCAUCAAUGGACUAACACCCUUAUUCAAAUUGCAACAGUGAUCAUUCACAUUAAGUAAUGUAAAUCCAAUGCUAAAUAUUAUGUUCAUCGGUGUUUUAAAUGACUGCCAGCCCAGAGCCAGAGGAGAGUUAAUCAGCUGCUGAUUAUUGACAGUUGAGAGUCCCUACACUUGCAGAGAUAUCAUUUCACAGGUGACAUGAGACUGUGUGUCGGCUGACACACCAGUUACUGACAACUGGACAAAGGGACCAAAAAUAAAUGAACCACCAUGGCUAUAAACCCAACAGUUCAUAUGAGAUACAGACACUACCUUACCUGCUACACUUCAAGAACAAGUCGAGCACGCAACCAUUCCCAGAACAUCUCCUGCCACCAGAAAUGGCCUUUUUCCUAUACCACUUGACUGAUUCACAAAGGGAAGGGGAAAACGGGAAGAAAUUUGAAUUCGUUAAUUCAGCCAAGAAUCGGUGCCACUUUGGUGCAAAUUAGGCAUCGUUGCCCAGAUUACAGUUGCAUUGUCUUCUCUCCCUUGUAGCUUGCAGAAUUCUUUGUGAAGUGAUCUCAGGUCAUCUCAUGACUGGUCUGACUGUGAUUACAGAGUAUAGUGGACAUGACUUUGUACUGAAUGUAAACUUGUGUGUUAAAUUGCCAUCAGACUGUUAACCUCACGAUUGGAGGUUCGGGGGAAUAGAUUUUGUGGACUAGAGGUGCCAGUUUGUUUCUCUGCUGAGAUUUUAUACCUUUGACAGAAUAGAGUAGAGUAAGCCUUACUUGCUGGUUUGAAUUCAUGAGAGAAUACACCACUGAUGCUGAAUGUCAAUGAAAACCUUUCACUGCUACUGACAUUCUUCAUGAAAAACAUUGAGUGUUCAGACCUUCCCUUCCUGCACACCCUCAAAAGAAAAGGCAAUUGCCCAUCACUCUUCCUGAGAGCAAAGUGGAAUUUUUUUUGUGUGUGUGUUUGUGUGAUGGACUGCCUGCUGAAGAUUACAUCAAGUUAUUCUGCUUCAGCAGGCAGAAUGAUUCUCAAUUAAAUGGCUACAGUUGGCAAGGUAACAAUUGGAAUAAACAGAUUAAUCGUUGUUCGUUUAAGCGCUUCUGAGUGUUUUGAGUCCAGAUUAAUAUCUGCUCCCUAGACCUUAAUUACUGGGUAUCUCUUUAAAAAGUGUUCUCUGUUUACCAGGAAAGAUUGAAAUUAUAACUCCCACCGAUUCUGCUGCUAAUGCUCUCUGUGCUGAUGACAGUAAAUUCACAGUUGUGAGGGGCAGAGCAAAACAAAAACAACUCUUAAGACAGAUUUGCUCAUGACUCCAAUAUCAUAACCUGUGAACCUAAACGGCAAUGCAGCGAACAGCAACUUGCAUUUGAGUAGCACCUUAAUGUGUUGGAAAGGCCUGAGAUCCUUCUCCUGUAACUACCUGUGAAACUACGCAGCUGUGCAGCAUCUGAGUGACAAUCCACAGGAAAGGUCUGACAGUCCUUUAAAAUGUAUCUUUUUAAAGAUUAAAGACAAAAGAGUGAUACCUAGGGAGUGAAAUGAAGCCAAACCGACAGUGUCAAACCUGUGCAAUUCAUAUGUAUAAGUUCUGCCAAGUAACAUCAGAUACAGUACAUUGACUUGCAUCUUAUUCAUUUAGCUUAAUGUGUUGUUAUGUAUAGUAAUCAUUAGAUGCUCGUAAUAUUACAAAGCUAUUGUACCAUUCCUUGUUACUGACUUCAGACUGCCUUUAAUUGUAUGAGGAACAAAAGAAAACAUUUAGCCUUUAACAUGGGAUAUAUAUGUACUAUGUACACGUUUUAUUCAGAUAAAGCACAAGGGUAUAGAAUGGUAGUAUUUGACUGGUGUUUGCUAUUUUAUCAUUGUAAACAUGAUUGUUACUUGGAAACAGCAAUGAGUAGUUUCUAAGGAUGAAACCCAAUUGUCUCUUCUUGACUUUAGAUGCCAUGCUGUGACAUUUUAACAAGUCUGAAGAGGAAGUUUGGUUUCCAUUUUGAUUUUCUACAAACACUAAUUAUCAAAAAAAAAUGAACAGGAUUUUGUGGUAGACUUAGAACGCUAGGUUGAAGACCGAGCCGACGGAUUCUUAUCAUCACCGGUCUUCAGAUCUUCACCUAAACCCAGACAAUGACUGUUCAAAGGAGGCAGUAGUGACCCAUCAGAACAAAAGCAUUUCAUCAAAGGCAGUGUGGCAUUUCCAUCAACUUGAUCCAGGAUGGACUUGCAGAAGUGAAAGCGUGGACUUCCAGGGCACAUGUUGGGAAGGCUCACUAGUAUCCCACAAAGUUACGUGUCAGUUUCAAAUGCAGAGCAGUCAAUGCCAUUGGAGCUUUCAAAUCAGAGAUCAUAGCUUCUUGUGAGAAAACAAAAUUUUAAAGUAUGUUAUACCUGUCAUCAAAGAUGCCCUUCUUAUAUGAUAAUAAAUAUA